UCGUUUACUUUUCUCGCUGCGAUUCCUCGUAAUUUUUUUUGGCUGAAUCCCAAUUUUUUCUUCAUUUUCCCUACUCUCCUCCUUCAAGACCUCUUCUUUCUUCUCUUUCUCAAUCCAUAACCCUCACUGUGUGUCUCAACCCCAUGAAAUAUUGAAAAUCGGAAGCAGAAAAAGCUCAGACGAGGAAGAAGACGAGAAGAGUAGUACCGCGGCGUUCAAGAACCAGAGUCGAAGGAUGAAGCUCUGAAAUCGAUAACACUACAUCAAUCCAUCUUCGCAAACCACAAAAUCAUUCCGUAUACCGACGAGUCACUCUAUCUUUGCAAAGAGUUGUAGACGGCUGUUGAGAGCAGCAGGAUGGCUGAUAUUAAACCAAGGAGUUCAGAUAAUAUUGACAACAUUAGAAGCUGCAAGUUCCCUGAUAUAGUUGACUCAUCUCAACUAAAGGCUGUACAGUUGCCUGAUCCUUUGCUGGCAAGCAAGGUUGUCCAACUACUCUACACUAAUUCUGGGGUAGCUCUGCUGGCACUUGCCUCUGAUACCAUGCAUAAGCUCUGGAAAUGGCAGCGUACUGAACAUAAUCCAUCUGGGAAAUCUUCUGCAUCUAUUAAGCCAGAGUUGUGGCAGCCUGCAACUGGGGCUCUUAUGACAAAUUAUACGAGUGACACUAAACCAGCUGAAGAGUCAUCUGGAUGCAUUGCAUUAUCUAAAAAUGAUUCUUAUCUCUUAUCUGCCUCUGGUGGGAAGGUCUCUUUGUUCAACAUGAUAACAUUUAAGAUUAUGACGACUUUCAUGCCUCCACCUCCAGCAGCAACCUGCUUGGCGUUUGAUCCACAUGACAACAAUUUCUGUGCCGUAGGAAUGGAGGAUUCUACUAUUCAAAUAUACAGUGUUCGGGUUGAUGAGGUAAAAGCCAAGCUCAAGGGUCACCAGAAACAAAUCACGGGGCUUGCAUUUUCCCAGGCUUUGGAUAUAUUGGUAUCAGCUGGGGCUGAUGCUCAGCUAUGCAUCUGGGACACUGAAGGAUGGGAAAAGAAGAAAGCAAGGCCCAUACAAGUACCACCUGGCCACCCUUCUCCCCUGGUUGGAGAAACUAAAGUUCAAUUCCAUAAAGAUCAAACCCAUCUAUUAGUGGUCCAUGAAAGCCAAAUUGCUGUUUAUGAUAGCGAGCUCGGAUGCUUGCAAUCAUGGUAUCCUAGAGACUCGCUUUCUGCUCCCAUUUCAACUGCAAUAUACUCGUGUGAUGGUCUUGUGGUCUUCACUGGAUUUUUGGAUGGUGCUAUAGGAGUUUUUGAUGCAGACAAUUUCAGGCUUCGAUGUUGGAUAGCACCAUCUGCGUAUAUAUCUUCAUCACCCAUUGCCAGCAACAAGGGCAGUGGAUUUCCUGUGGUGAUUGCAGCACAUCCAUCUGAACCUAACCAAAUCGCUCUUGGAAUGAGCAAUGGUGCAGUCCAUGUGAUCGAGCCAUCUGAUGCAGAGCCAGAGUGGGUUGGCAGUAGCAUGGUGCCCUAAGAAAAUGGUGCUUUACCUUCCGUCCUCUCAAAUUCUGCUUUGAGUGGUCAGUCAUCUGAAACCCCUUCUGGGUGAAAUUAUAAAACAGGAUUCUUGAUGAAGCUGUGGCACUCACAUGCGUAAUUUUUUUUUCGUUAGCUGUUUAUAAAUUUACAUAUCAAUGGCUUUUUUUGCUUUUGACAAAAUUCUGAGGCAAUUCUACUCAUCGUUGGUCAAUAGCAUUUGGGUGAUAAGCUUUUUUUUUGCCUUCCAAGUUAUGUAAUGCAUUAGUUAUUUUACUUUUGCUUUAAAUUCACAGCAGUAUUUAGCUUGCAUACACUCUCUCUCUCUCUCUUGUGCGCGCGGGUGCCCCUCGUGUAUGUUAUAUUAAUGUACAGGUUCUACUGUUAAA